AUGUCCUCGAUGGCCAGGGUCUGCGUUGCGUACUGUUUGCCAGUGUUCGGUUCGGAUGUGGCAAAUAGAAGAAGAACAAAUCCUUUGAAUCGCAUUCCAGUGUCAUAUUCGGCCAUAGGGGGCUUUUCAACAGCAGAUAGCUUUUGUCCAUCCUCUGCAGUUUCAAUUCUCUCUCAUUUUUGGGAAUUGACUGCCCGAUUCAGCUCAAGCUUCACUUGCUGCACAUCUGGGCCUUGCAGGCUCCCUCGCAUCCUCACAAGACCUUCUGCUAUUGCAUCUCCGAUGCGACAAAAUGGUAAAAGAUUCAUGCCAUUUGUAACCUACAUCAAGAACUUCCCAUCAUUAGCUUCGGAGAAAGGUUGA